UGGCGCUGAGCGAUGACGUUUAAACCCCGCGACCCGGAAGUUGUGGUAAACAUGCUGGCGCGGACGUGAAGAGCUGGCGGGAGUUUCUUUCAAAAGUGACGUUAUUUGAACUAGUUUAUGUCCAAAGUGACAUUAUUUGAAUGAGUUUAUGUCCAAAGUGAGGUUAUUUUGAGAAAGAGAGGCAAUGGAGGCCGACAUGAGUGUCUGGAUGCCUCAGAAGCGUUACUACAGACAGCGAGCACAUUCUAACCCCAUGGCGCACCACACCUUCCAAUAUCCCGUGAGUCCAGAAGAGAUGGACUGGGCCACGCUGUAUCCUCACUUCUUUCCCAGACCUGCUGGACCUGCUGAGGACAAAUGCUCCCACGUUGAGUUUGCGGACAUCGGCUGUGGAUAUGGCGGACUUUUAGUGGAGCUAUCUCCACUUUUCCCAGACAAGCUCAUGCUGGGCAUGGAGAUCCGAGUGAAAGUGUCCGACUAUGUCCGGGAUCGGAUCACAGCCUUGCGUCAGUCCUCGCCAGGAAGCUACCAGAACAUCGCCUGCAUCCGCAGCAACGCCAUGAAGUAUCUUCCCAACUUCUUCUUUAAAGGACAGCUCAGUAAGAUGUUCUUCCUGUUCCCGGACCCCCAUUUUAAGAAGACCAAGCACAAGUGGAGGAUCAUUAGUCCCACAUUGUUGGCAGAGUAUGCCUACACGCUGAGAGUCGGGGGUCUGGUCUACACCAUCACGGAUGUGGAGGAGGUCCACCUCUGGAUGGUGAAGCACUUCAGCGAACAUCCACUAUUUGUGCGGGUCCCCCAAGAAGCACUGGCUGAUGAUGUCAUCACACAGCGUCUGGGCAGCUGCACAGAGGAGGGGAAAAAAGUGCAGAGAAACGGAGGACAGAACUUUCUGGCAGUUUUCCGGCGGAUUGAAGAUCCAACAUCAGACUGAACACUUUGAAAGACUUUGAGGUGUUAAGCUGCACGGAAAAGCACCAGCUGGAGCACACAUCGCCUCGGCUAUAGAUGAUCUUUGACCACCUUCAAUGUCUCUGCAAUAGAUGAUCUUUGACGAUCUUCAAUGUCUCAGCAAUAGAUGAUCUUUGACCACCUUCAAUGUCUCAGCAAUAGAUGAUCUUUGACCACCUUCAAUGCCUCGGCAAUAGAUGAUCUUUGACCAUCUUCAAUGCCUCAGCAAUAGAUGAUCUUUGACCACCUUCAAUGUCUCGGCAAUAGAUGAUCUUUGACCACCUUCAAUGGCUCUGCAAUAGAUGAUCUUUGACUAUCUUCAAUGUCUCGGCAAUAGAUGAUCUUUGACUACCUUCAAUGGCUCUGCAAUAGAUGAUCUUUGACUAUCUUCAAUGUCUCUGCAAUAGAUGAUCUUUGACCAACUUCAAUGUCUCUGCAAUAGAUGAUCUUUGACGAUCUUCAAUGCCUCGGCAAUAGAUGAUCUUUGACCAUCUUCAAUGCCUCAGCAAUAGAUGAUCUUUGACCACCUUCAAUGUCUCGGCAAUAGAUGAUCUUUGACCACCUUCAAUGUCUCAGCAAUAGAUGAUCUUUGACCAUCUUCAAUGCCUCAGCAAUAGAUGAUCUUUGACCACCUUCAAUGUCUCAGCAAUAGAUGAUCUUUGACCAUCUUCAAUGCCUCAGCAAUAGAUGAUCUUUGACCACCUUCAAUGUCUCAGCAAUAGAUGAUCUUUGACCAUCUUCAAUGCCUCAGCAAUAGAUGAUCUUUGACCACCUUCAAUGUGCUCAGCAAUAGAUGAGCACAUUGAAGUUCUUGAUCGUCUACUUUCUGGAUCAUUUACAUUCUUCAUCUUCUAUUUUCUUGAUCCUAUCCCUUCUUGAUCAUCUACCUUCUUGAUCUUCUACCUUCUGGAUCUUCUACCUAAUUGAUCUUCUACCUUUUGGAUCUUCUACAUUCUUGACUUUCUACCUUCUUGAUUUUCUACCUUCUUGAUCCUCUACCUUCUGGAUCUUCUACAUUCUUGAUCUUCUACAUUCUUGAUUUUCUACCUUCUUGAUCUUCUACCUUCUUGAUCAUCUACCUUCUGGAUCUUCUACAUUCUUGAUCUUCUACAUUCUUGAUUUUCUACCUUCUUGAUCUUCUACCUUCUUGAUCAUCUACCUUCUGGAUCUUCUACAUUCUUGAUCUUCUACAUUCUUGAUCUUCUACAUUCUUGAUUUUCUACCUUCUUGAUCCUAUACCUUCUGGAUUGUUAACCUUCUUCAUCUUCUACAUUUUUGAUCCUCUACCUUCUUGAUCCUCUACCUUUUUGAUCUUCUACAUUCUUGAUCAUCUACCUUCUGGAUCUUCUACAUUCUUGAUUUUCUACCUUCUUGAUCCUCUACCUUCUGGAUCUUCUACAUUCUUGAUCUUCUACAUUCUUGAUUUUCUACCUUCUUGAUCUUCUACCUUCUUGAUCAUCUACCUUCUGGAUCUUCUACAUUCUUGAUCUUCUACAUUCUUGAUUUUCUACCUUCUUGAUCUUCUACCUUCUUGAUCAUCUACCUUCUGGAUCUUCUACAUUCUUGAUCUUCUACAUUCUUGAUUUUCUACCUUCUUGAUCCUAUACCUUCUGGAUUGUUAACCUUCUUCAUCUUCUACAUUUUUGAUCCUCUACCUUCUUGAUCCUCUACAUUCUUGAUCCUCUACAUUCUUGAUCUUCUAUAUUCUUCAUCUUCUACAUUCUUCAUCUUUUACCUUGAUUUUCUACAUUCUUAAUCUUUUACCUUCUUGAUCCUCUACCUUCUUGAUCUUCUACAUUCUUCAUCUUCUAAAUCCUUCAUCUUCUACAUUCUUGAUCCUCUACCUUCUUGAUCUUCUACAUUCUUCAUCUUCUACAUUCUUGAUCCUCUACAUUCUUGAUCUUCUAUAUUCUUCAUCUUUUACCUUGAUCUUCUACAUUCUUAAUCUUUUACCUUCUUGAUGCUCUACCUUCUGGAUCUUCUACAUUCUUGAUCUUGUACUUUCUUGAUUUUCUACCUUCUUGAUCCUCUACCUUCUGGAUCGUUAACCUUCUUCAUCUUCUACAUUUUUGAUCCUCUACCUUCUUGAUCUUCUCCCUUCUUGAUCCUCUACCUUUUUGAUCUUCUACAUUCUUCAUCUUCUACAUUCUUGAUCUUCUACAUUCUUGAUCUUCUACAUUCUUGAUCUUCUACAUUCUUCAUCUUUUACCUUCUUGAUCCUCUACCUUCUUGAUCUUUACAUUCUUUACCUUCUUAAACUUCUACAUUAUUGAUCUUCUCGGUGCAGUCAUUGAUGUGGAAGAUGUUGGCUUUGAUCACCCUGAAUGUGUGAAGUUGCCACAAAUGCUCCAGGACUGAGACCUACUAGAAUGAAAACCUUUGAUGUCAGGCGGCUCAGCCUUGGUUCACUUCAGACGUCACAUGUUCUUGUCAUGUAGACGACCAUAUAAGGAGAUCCAGGACUUUUUUUCCAUCAGUGCAGUGUCAAUACAGCCAGUGAGUGUGCCACACACUCGCUGGCUGAAGAUUUGGUAAUGAGAACUAGGACAAGAGCGUGAACGUUUGGUUUCAACCUUGCAAGCUCAGUGUUAUGAAGCCAUGAUGUGUUCUAAGGUCUACAGCUGUUGGGAGCACCACCUUCAUGUUGGUGUUAUGAAGCCAUGAUGUGUUCUAAGGUCUACAGCUGUUGGGAGCACCACCUUCAUGUUGGUGUUAUGAAGCCAUGAUGUGUUCUAAGGUCUACAGUUGUUGGGAGCACCACCUUCAUGUUGGUGUUAUGAAGCCAUGAUGUGUUCUAAGGUCUACAGCUGUUGGGAGCACCACCUUCAUGUUGGUGUUAUGAAGCCAUGAUGUGUUCUAAGGUCUACAGCUGUUGGGAGCACCACCUUCAUGUUGGUGUUAUGAAGCCAUGAUGUGUUCUAAGGUCUACAGCUGUUGGGAGCACCACCUUCAUGUUGGUGUUAUGAAGCCAUGAUGUGUUCUAAGGUCUACAGCUGUUGGGAGCACCACCUUCAUGUUGGUGUUAUGAAGCCAUGAUGUGUUCUAAGGUCUACAGCUGUUGGGAGCACCACCUUCAUGUUGGUGUUAUGAAGCCAUGAUGUGU